AUGGACGUGGGCGUCACAGUUGAACAGGCUUCAAGCUGGCGCCAGUCUGAGGCGUUUCGGGCUGCGAAGGAACUGGCCUAUGGGAGCACUGCUGGAAUCUUGUCCAAGAUUUUCGAGCACCCUUUCGACUUGACCAAAGUUCGACUACAGUCGCAGGUUCUCGACGCUACAGCUCGUUUCUCCGGACCUAUAGACUGUCUCACGAAGACAUGGAAAUAUGAGGGAUUCCGUGGGCUCUACCGGGGUCUUCCAGCACCCAUCGUCGGUGCGAUGGCUGAGAACGCCUCCCUCUUCCUUUCUUACGACAAAUUCAAGAGUUUGAUUCGACACGUUACGCACCAGCCGCCAGACGCCCAACUACAAUUAUACCAGCUCGGGAUUGCAGCAGCGGGUGCUGGCGCGGUGACGAGCUUCCUCCUCACGCCCAUCGAGCUCGUCAAGUGCAAGAUGCAGGUGCAGAUGCUGGUCGACCCUGCGCACCGGGUCGGACCCCUCCCAGGGCCCAUCGCCGUCUUCACCUCGGUGCUUCGCACGACUGGUAUCAAAGGCCUUUGGUUGGGCCAUACCGGAACAUUCAUCCGUGAAACGGGCGGGACGGCAGCGUGGUUCGGGACGAAGGAGUAUAUUGCGAGUCUGCUCCUAGCUCGACGCGUGCGGAAGGACCCUGCGACGAGCAAGGAGCUCCGGCCUUGGGAGUCGGCUGUGUCGGGUGCCUGCGCGGGUGCUGCGUUCAAUUUUGUGUUGUUCCCCGCGGAUACGGUGAAAAGCGCGAUGCAGACGGAGGAGGAGCUGCGGGUUGGGAGGCAGGUUCCGCCUGGGCAGCCUCCGCCGCCGAGGGCGACGUUCCUGGGGACGUUCAAGGCGAUGUAUAGGGCGCAGGGUUUGAGGGGGUUGUAUGCUGGGUGUGGCAUUACGGUUGCGCGGUCUAUUCCGAGCAGUGCGAUUAUUUUCUUGACUUAUGAUGGUCUUAAAAAGUAUUUCGGAUAA